AUGGCUCAAGGAUAUUCCAUUGUAAUCGGCCUCGUGGUCAUCGUUGCGUUGAGCGCGGCGGCCUGGUUUUUGUCACCCAAAGGCGAGAAUCAAGUUUUAUGGCGGUCAUCUCUGAUUCUGGCCAUCGUCAGCUGCUAUCUCAUGUGGCUAAUCACUUUCCUCGCUCAACUCCAUCCACUGAUUGCACCACGACGAAGCGACUUGCGAGAGGAAUUCCUGGGACAUAGUAACUAG